ACAGUUGAAGUAAACGGCAGCGCUUUACGACGUUUAACAAAAACAUUAUUGACGACAGUGUCAUGGCGGCGCACGGAGUCAGUUUUGAGAGUACGAGCAGCAUCGAAGAAAGAAAGGAGAGCAAACGUCAGGCAAGACAAGAGGCGAUAGAAAAGGCCAAGCAGCAGCAUGAGAGGGAAGAGAGGAGGAAAGCGCUGAAGAGGCAGAGAGGGGAGGACACUUGGAUGCUCCCAGAGAUCAACCAGAGGCUGCAGGAGCUCGGGGAUGAGGGCACUGUGAAGAGUAAGAAGAAGAAAGAGAAGAAAUCCAAAAAGAAGAAGGAGAAGAAGAAGGCCAAGAAGGAGAAAAAGCCAGCAGAAGGAGAUGGAUGUAGUGACAGCUCAGAGGACUCAGACGAGGAGUGGGUUGAGGCUCAUCCUCAGACACAAGCUGCUAAAGCCUGGCAGGUUCCUGAUGAGUCCAAGCCUUCAGAGAGCAACCUCAACCCAGCCCAGAACAUCCAGAGAGACGAAUGGAUGACCUUUGACUUCUUGGCAAUGAGUACCACGUCCACAGCCGAGAGGAGGGCUGAGAAAGAGCGACUGAAAGAGGAGGAGAGGGCAAAGGCUCAGGCCAUUGAACAGGCUGGUUUACACAAACUGGAGCUAAACCCGUACUGGAAAGACGGAGGAACUGGUCUGCCCCCAGAGGAGAAGGCUGGCACUGCACCAACAAAAGGCCCCGUAGUGAAUGAUGGAGGUCUGAGCUGGCUGAGGAAGAACUACCAGAGGAUGAAGGAGCAGGCAGAGAGGGAGCAGCGCAGCCUCAACGAUGUGGUGGCUGAGAGAUACGGAUCAAUGGAAGAAUUUCAGCAAAGACUUGCAGACGCUGAGGAAGCUGUGUACGGGCAGAGGAGAGGAGGAGAAGGAGACAGACAAGGAAGAGGCGGGUGGAGGAAAGGAGAGAACGAGGCCAGAGAGGGUUGGAGGAGAAAAGAGGAAGACAAGGUAGAGAGAGAUCGGUGGAGAAGAAAUGAAAGGGAAAGAGAAUCGUCCCCGGACGGAGAAAGAUACCAUAGCGGAGAGGGGAGGGAGAGGGGAGGGUAUCGAGGCAGAGGGGAAGAGAGAGGUCGAGACGGAGACAGGUUUAGAGAGAAGGAUAGGAAUGGAGAUAGAGAGAGGGACAGAGUUAGUGAAAGAGACACUAACAAUGAUAGAGACCGAGAGAGAGAUAGAGGAAGAGACAAGGGCAGAGAUAGGGACAGAGAGAGACAGAGGGAUAGUGAUAGACAGAGAGAAAGAGAUUGCCCCAGUGUUGCAUCCUCCUCCUCCUCCUCAUCAUCAUCAUCAUCAUCAACAGGGCAAAAUUGGAGUCACCGUUCUCCCUCUCUUGGGUCAUUAAAAGGCCGCUUCCUCAAACCCUCAGAAGAUGAUGAAUGUGGUGAAGCCCCGCAGCGUCCUCCUCCUCCUCCGCCACGUCCGUCCACGGGAUUCCUGAAACCCAGCUCUGACGAUGAAGACUCCGGUCCUCGUAAUACCAACUUUCCAGCCUGGAAGAAGAACAGCAGUCCUGCCUGUGAAUCUGACAGCUUGGAAAAACCACAGCAGGAGAAAGCGAGGGAUCCUGUGAAAACUGCAGCUGCUCCUCAAGACGGUCUGCGUGGUGAUAAAGUUGCCGCAACGACAUCAAGGAGUGAGAGUGAAAGUGAGGAAGAAGAAGAGGAGGGUCCACUGCUGUCAGAGGAGGAGAUGAACAAACUGGGAGCCAAACUGGUGAAGGCAGAGAUCAUGGGCAACACGGCCAUGGUUGAGAAGCUGAAAUCACAGCUGGACGCAGCACAUAAAGCCAAAGACAGCUACGCUGCCCGAAAGAAGCUUCAAGAAACAGCUCAGUUAAAGCAGGUUGCAGGUCGAUCCAGGGAAGACCAGGAGGUCCUGCUCUUCAGAACAGACCAUUCAGGUCGGGCCUGGCCAGUCAACGCCCCCUCGGGACCUCAGGAGCCUCACGGAGGACGUCGGAAGAAGAAAGCGAUUGAGACUCAUGUUGACGGGGAGCGCGUGCGCUACUUCCAGGAUGAUGACAACGUGGGUCUGAAGGAGAUGGUGAGGAGGGAGAAGAUGAGCUCUGCUCAGGAUCAGAAUGCCCUCUACUCUCGCAUGGCUGCCAAGAUGAUGGGGAAGACAGACGGCGACAACUACACGCUGGAUGACAUGUUUGUCUCGAGUGCAGCGCAGCGGGAGGGCGAGGGGAGGGAGGAAGAGAGGAUGAGGAGCAGAGCCAUUGGUGACAGUAGGAGGCUGGCGGCCUCCAUGGAGAAAUGCCACUACUGCUUCAGCAGCCAAGAGCUCCAGAAGCACCUCAUAGUGGCAAUAGGCAGCAAGGUGUAUCUGAGCCUGCCUGCGGGAGUGUCAAUGACAGAGGGCCACUGUCUCAUCUGUCCUCUCCAACAUCACUGCUCUGCCACUGGAUUGGAUGAGGAUGUCUGGUCAGAAAUGCAGCUGUUCCGGCGUACUUUGGUGCGUAUGUUUGAGUCCCAGGAGCUGGACUGUGUGUUCAUGGAAACACACAUGAACCCACGCAGAAGACAACACAUGGUCCUAGAGUGUAUCCCUCUACCCCGAGAACUGGGAGAUAUGGCACCCAUAUACUUUAAGAAAGCUAUCAUGGAGUGCGAUGAGGAAUGGGCCAUGAAUAAGAAGAUUGUCGACCUCUCUUCAAAAGACAUCCGCCAAGCUGUUCCUCGAGCUCUGCCCUACUUUGCUGUAGACUUUGGACUACAGGGAGGGUUUGCUCAUGUCAUUGAAAAUGAACAGAAGUUCCCCCAUUACUUCGGCAAGGAAGUGGUUGGAGGCAUGAUGGACUUGGAGCCACGACGUUGGAGAAAGUUGAUCAGAGAGAACUUUGACGAUCAAAGGAAAAAAGUCCUGCAGUUUGCACAGUGGUGGAAACCGUACGACUGUACCAAGACUCAGGGCUAGCUAGUGAAGACACACAUGUACAAACAUGCUGUGUUUGUCAGUGCAGGAAUCACGUUUGGUAAAUAUGGUGCAGAUGUUGUGGCACCUACCAAUUAAGAAUUUGAUGUAAAAAGUUAUAAUGUGUGAACAUUUUAUUUACAUAAAUAAUAAAAUUACUUUAAUCAUC